UGGUGUGUUCCAAAGCCAACAUCAGAGAGCUCUUUCAAAUGAUGUUCACGAUUGGCUGCUUGGUGGGUAGUCCUGUCGGGGGGCUGCUGGCCGACAAGCUCGGUCGACAACCCACCCUGUGGUACGGUUCGGCACUGGUAGCAUUUUUCAUCACACUCCUAGUCACUAUACCGAACCUGACAAGCAUCCUCGUCUGUCGAUUCUUCAUCGGUUUCUUCACAAUGUUCAUAUAUUCGCCUAUAUACACCUUGGGUUUAGAAUUCUGCCCGACGCCCUUGCGGUCGGCAUUCGGCGUAUGCAUGGCUUUGCCAUACGCCGUAAUGCUUAGCCUGUUAGCCGGACUGGCUUAUGCAUGUCCGGACUGGCGGAUGCUACAGCUAGCUGGUUCUUUUCCUCUCGCAUUACUGCUUCUUUUAAGCAAUCCUUUUUUAUUGAAAGACUCUCCACGUUGGCUUGUUACUAGAGGACGGCUUAAAGAAGCCGAAGCAUCGCUGCUCAGAGUCGCGAAGUGGAACAAAACGACAUACAACUUGCCGGACAAUUUGAUGGGCGUCCUGGUAGGCAUUCAUGCGAAAGAAUGCGGGGAGAAACCACCUUCUACGCUCCUAUCCCGCUUCAAGUCUCUGGUGUCGUCGCCGUACCUGCGCAGAGUGACCGGCAUUCUGUUGCCUGUGUGGCUGAUGCAGAGUUGCCUGUACAUCAGCAUACCGCUCAGCGCUGACCAAUUCCCCUCACCCUACGUGGCUAUGGCCGUGUUGGGUGUUGCGGAAAUCCCUGCCUAUACGGUCGCGGCUCCCAUCACUGCGAGGCUGGGCAGGAAAAAGUUCCUCAUAGGAGGACUUCUUCUCACAUGUGCUCUGCAAAUCCUCGUCGUGGUUCUCAUUGCCAUAGAGUACCAAAAUUAUUGGCUGAACAUGGUACUCACCGCGUCCGGGUAUACUAUGAUCUGCAGUGUAUUUCAGGUGAAUUUGGUGUUCUGCAGCGAGUUAUUCCCCACAUCCAUUCGAUCUCUGGGCACCAGCCUGGCUUUUUUCAUGACGAACGUAGGCUUCAACAUCCCUCCGUUGCUGAAGAUAAUACUGCCUGCAGGCUUAUCAUGGCUGCCUCUGACCAUCUAUACCAUUCUCGCCGGUCUGGCAGCCUUCCUGAUAUUGCUGCUGCCGGAGACCAACAACAAGCCGCUGCUGCAGACGCUUGGGAGCACAGAAAAUUAGAACAGCUCAGAAAAAGACCAAUUUGUUAUAAAACCUCGAUAUAAAAGUUUUGAGAAUACUCUUACUGAAGGCCUCCAUAGAAUAACUGAGCUAGAGACAGUAACUGCUUAUGACGGGCAGGAUUAAAACGUCACUUGGUGGCGACAUCUCUAUUAGAGUUAGUAUGAAAAACCUGCAGGAAAAAAGUACGGACGCGAACCAUGCGAAAAAAAUCAUGCCAUCUGAUUAUGCUACAGGCGGCAACAACAACAGAACCUAGUAGAAGGACAUAAGAAAUACGAAAAUAUUUCCUCUAGCAGUGCACCAAAAUCUGUUAAGAUGGUGAUGCUUUCACACAUUCCAGGAAGCUAAGGUAAAGAAAUUAUAAUCCUGGGAAAUUUUAUUUUAAGUUUAACCAACAAAGCUUUAAAAGAC